GUCAAAGCCCCGAUUAGUUGAUGUUGGGAUUUUCUAUUUUGGUAGUCAUUCUUUUAAUUUCGUUUUUCCUGCGGCUUUUCCGGUUUGUUUGACCGAUUUCCAACUUUGCAAAUUACCAGGGCGAAUUGUUUUUUAAGUAUCCUACAGAAAAUGUUUUCGAAAAUCAACAAUAAUUGAGUAACCACGGAUUUUCUGUGCAGCUUGGCCCCAAAUGGGGGUUGUUAACAUCGAUGCAGUCCUUUGGGGGCUGCCGAAACAAUGGGAAACUGCCUCACCACUUGCUUGCCUGCCUCCUGUAAACGUAACAAACGCCUGGGCAAUUUUAACAUGUUGCCAGGGUCGAGAGGAGACUUUUCAUUUCUCAUUGAAGAGGGUAAUAGAUUUUUCAAUUUUGUGCUGCUUAGGAGUUUUUUAUCAAGACUUUUUCAAAGGCGAAAAAAUAGGAAAAAGAAACAAACUUCUCAUAUGGUUGAAGGAUUAUUAAAUCCUCAACUGUCUUAUCAAAGGCUUCCCGAAUCACAACGAGUAUCACCUCAAAGUUCCUACAUCAGUAAAGACAUACAAUUACAAUAUUUGGAUGCAGGUGCCCUUUUAGAAAGAACCAACACCUCAACUCCAGAUAAUUCUUUAGAUUUAGAAUGGGAACAUGAAACUUUACCCAUUUCAAUAAAACACGAACCUUCUUGCAGUUCUUGGGCCACUUCAAUUUUUCCUGAAGACACCCUAACAACACAACCAAACCAAAGUCCUCUGCAUACAGAAUGUGCAAUGCAUACCACAGAUUCUGAUUAUUCUAGAGUGUCUUCAUCAGCUAAUAGUCUCGAAUGGGACAGUGUCCAUAAUUCUGUACAAUCAGAGUGCGAUACUAUUGAUACUGACACUCAGUUUUUGUUGAAUGAGAUUGAUCGGUUGACGAUGCGAGCUUUAAAAGAAACUGGCACUGUUAUGGAAGAGGAGAGUGUAAGUUAUUUAGAUGAUAAUUUGUAGUAUCUAAUGAAGUCUGUGUUUAUAUUUGAUUUUUUUCACCAUAAAACCUCCAGAAAUUUUCAAAAAUGAAACUUUAGUGAGCAAUUUAAGUAAAUAAAUGUAUGACCAAAAUAUCAGUUUUUCUAUACUUAAUAACGGUCAUUAGGAUAAAAUAUCAGUAUCUUAUUAUGUAAUAUUUGAUUGGAGUGCAAUAAGGUUUCCACCUUGGAACCCACUUAUACUGAAUGGGAACCAAAUUUGAAAGGAUCAGAAGUGUUAUUCAAAUAGACUCAGUUACUGAACAAAAUAAAUGGUCUAUAAUGUAAUGUAUAUGGGUUCCAAGAUUAUUGAAGUCUAGUUUCACUGCACUAGUAGAAAUUUUUCAAUUUCAAAGCAACCCAGUAGUAUGUUAGUACAACUUUCUCCGAGUGUAUUAGGGUUGAAUUUAUAGACAAAGAAUAUAAAUGUUACAGAUAAUAUUUAUAUCAUAUAAUAAGACUGUAGGUAAAGGGGUAAUAAGGGUCAUAUUCAAAGAAAAAAAAAUUAUUUUUGUUACUGCACGCUUUGUUUAUGUCUAUUAAAUUAUUAUGCAAUAAGAAGGAAAUUUGGCCUAUUUUAAGAUUUAAUGGUAAAUGUUUAUGCAUUUAGGAUUAUUUGUUAGAUAAAAGUGGCCUUUGAAAAAAUUUGUUGCUGAAGCUUUAGGUGUUCUAAAGGAAUAAACAUUUAGGAUUAUAUCUGAUAUUUUUGAAAUAAAAGGUUAUAGGAUGAUAUGAUUGAUCAAACUUAAUUUAUAUAAAAAAGAGUUAUCAAAUAAUGGCAAUUUAAAAUUAGCUUUUCAAUGGUUGUAAAAUGGUAUUGUUAAGUUUGCACUGUGUUUAUUAUAUUGUAAAGCAUUAAUAGCAAUAACAAGAAGUCUUAUAUAUGGAUGUUAAAUUAGAGGGGACCAAUUAUUUUGGUUUCACAAUAAUAAUUUUGCUUCAAGUGAUCACAACACCAACAAUUUGCAGUGGGAAGUGAAUCUUACUAGUGAUGAGCUAAACUAUGAUUUUUGAAUUACAUUAGACUGUGAUCAAUACUUGAAAUAGUAAUGUGAAAGCAUAAGUACUUUCUCAUAUAAGUUACAAAUGAAAACUUAAUAAACGUUGCUCUAAUAUGAAUGACAAAAGACGUAUUGACUACACUGGAAAAAUGUCAUAUUGCUCAUCACUAGAUCCCACUAUUGCAAAAAAGCAAAAACAUAAUCAAUGAAACAAGUUUCAUUUUGAACAUAUC